CUUCUUUCGUUCUGCACUGUUAUAAAUCAACUGAACUUGGGACGAAGCGUCACAUUACGAUUUCUGCCUUCAUCGCCCUGCCACAGUCUACCCUAUUUCAAGACGUCAAGCAACACUUUGAGUUACUUCGUUCUGAGCAUUGGAAUUCACAGACAAGGACGUGACAAAACGCAGGAGUGAAUAUGGAGCAGCUGAAAGCAACGUGUGCAAUUGUUCUGGUGUUGGGAUUCAGCGUGUCAGUGUUGGAGGGCGCUAGAAUGCGCUGCGAAGACAAUUCUGAGUGUCCGGAGGACCAUUGCUGUUUGACAGUUGGAGAAGAUUUGAUGUGCACGAAACUACAAACAUUGGGUCAGUUCUGCCAACCUGUCGGAGAACAUGACGCCAAUAACAAUCAAGAUGAUCAUGUGAGUACGUACACAGGAAACUGUCCUUGUGGGCAAGGCCUCGUCUGCAUUGACGCCGUUUCCAGCACCAGUGAGGAGGACGACAGCAGCGCCAACUCCGGAGGACUCGGAGUGUGCCAAAACACGGAACCAGAAAAAGACGACGACCAACCAGCGGAAUGAAGUGACAUUAUAGUUUCGUUGGGUAAUAGACAGGAAUACAUAACAGAGGAAUGUCAUGAUAGAUGAACAAGAAUUAGGCAGAUACCAAUAAUUUAAACUGCUAUAGAAGUCUGGAUAAAACGUUUCCUACUGAAAAUUCUAGUUGAAAAUUUAAAAAAAGUUAUGAUGAAAGAUAGACCGUUAUUUGCUGGCUAAUGGACAACAACAUGGCUGUCGUUUUUAUCAACCACUCUCUUGACAUACUAAUUGAUUUUGUCAACACUUAUCAUAAAAUUAAUUCAGAAAUUUCAAGGUAAAUUAUCAAAUAGACUAUUAAGUUCUAUAAAUUUAUAAGUCUCAUCUUGUUCAAUCAUUAAACCACCUGGACUUCUACCUGUCAAAACUUCACAGCCGUGAAAAUAACCAACAUCAUUCGAACAGCAAGACGUCAAAUUGUGACACUGGGUUUAGAAUUUGAUUAAAAAUCUUUAUCACAACAACACAAUUAAUUGGCCAACUACAAAAUAGGCAUUCCGUGUCAACAGAUCUUUACACAUUCAGCUAGAAUUUAAAAUCACUCAGUCUUUAUAAUUACUGACAGUAAAAUCAACUUCGUAGACCAACAGAAUGACUUGAAAUGUAAACACGUGACCAUAAAGAGCUUGUAUUAUGCUUAUAAAGUCUACCUUCCUAA